AUCAUAACUGUGGAAACAAUGUCUCAGUUAAAUCGUAUCGUAUUAAUCAUUGCUAUGAACGUACUGGUGUACGUUCUUGCAGUGGAGUGCUAUUCCGAUGAAUUUGAUAAUGUUCUUGAUAUUGACGCUGUUCUCAAUAACGACACUCUACGUGAAGGAUAUCACAACUGCUACAUGAAAACAGCACCAUGUACAAAAGCACAAAAGGAUUUAACAGGUACCUAUGUGUAUAAUACUACUAUAUAG